AUGCCACAAUAUUUGCAUAUGGCCAAACAUCUUCUGGCAAAAACACACACCAUUUUGGGCAAUAAAACAGAUCCUGGGCUUUUCCAAUUAGUAUCCAAUCAGUUAUUCCAGCAUGUGGCAGACCAGGUUGAUAAGAGGUACUUGAUUAGAUGCAGUUAUAUUGAAAUCUACAAUGAAAAGAUCAAUGACCUCCUGGAUAAGAGCAAUCAGGGUUUAACUAUAAGAGAAGAUAUCAAAGGAAAUGUGCUGCUUGAUGCAAGGGAAGCUGUCGUAGACAAUGUUGAUAAAGUUAUGGAGAACAUGAUGCAGGGCAAUAAGAUCAGACGAGUUGCAGCUACUCGCAUGAAUGAGAGGUCAUCUCGAUCACACACGAUUUUCCGGAUUAUUCUGGAGUCGAAAGAUGCCAAUCAGAAAGAUGGACCUGUACAUAUAAGCUACCUUAACUUAAUGGACUUAGCUGGUUCUGAGAGAGUUUCUCUGACGAAAGCUGCUGGUGAGCGUCUUAAGAGGGGGCUAACAUAA